AUGCAGCUUCGACACAUUUUCCCGAUCGUGUUGGCCGUUGGCACCGUCAGUGCAGCCCCGGCCCCCCCGGAGAAAUCGGACAUUGGGCUUGUUGAACGGGAGGACCUGGCCUCGUUAUCGGGCAACUUUUAUUGCCCAGAAUCAACACUUCAAACUGAUUUAUUGGCAACCAAAGCACUGGUCAAUCUUGCCUUCUACCAAAUAACGAACCCACCAGCAGGAAGUUGCAACCUCUUCAACACGGCAGUCCGACGAGAAUGGUCGACCCUUUCCAAGAAGGAGCGAAAGGCUUACAUUGAUGCUGAACUCUGCUUGAUGUCCAAGCCUUCAAAAGAUCCAGCAUUUGCCGCUGGUGCAAAGACACGAUAUGACGACUUUGUCGCUGUCCAUAUCAACCAAACGUUGUCUAUCCAUGGGACCGCGAACUUUCUCGCAUGGCACCGAUAUUUUACUUGGGCCUUCGAGCAAGCCCUGAGAAAUGAAUGUGGCUAUGACGGGUACCAACCCUACUGGAACUGGGGAAAGUACGCCUCAGAUCCUCUGAAUUCACCGCUCUUUGAUGGAAGUGACUUCAGUAUGUCCGGUAAUGGGCAGUUCCAGGAACACAACUGCACCAACGCUCUGCCUACCGGACUGAAUUGCAUCCCUCCUGGCUCAGGAGGUGGCUGCGUCAACACGGGGCCUUUCAAGGACUACGUCGUCAACCUCGGCCCAGUGGCUCCAACACUCGCUGUGCCUGGAGUUAUUGACUAUUCCAGCCCUGACCCACUCGCAUACAAUCCUAGAUGCCUUCGUCGCGACAUCUCAUCCUGGGUGUCUUCGCGGUGGACGAAGGAUUCCGACUCAUUUGACUUGAUCACCAACUACAAGGAUAUCGGGUCCUUCCAAAAUCGCAUGCAGGGUGAUUUCCCGACUGGUUUCUAUGGAGUUCACACUGCCGGACACUUCACCACUGGUGGUGAUCCAGGUGGUGAUCUCUUCGCUUCACCUGGUGAACCGACGUUCUUCCUGCAUCACGCCCAGAUCGAUCGUACCUGGUGGAUAUGGCAAAAUCAAGACCCAAAGAACCGUCUCAACGCCUUUACCGGUGGUACCUCGACUCUAGACCCAGUCAACAGCCCUCCUGGUAAAUUGACGGACCCCAUUUUCCUCAAGACUCUUGCUCCCACGGUUGCAAAUCAAGAUGUCAUGAGCACAACUGGUGGGCCUUUGUGCUACAUCUAUGUAUGA